CAACAUAGGAAAGUAGUAAGAAGGAAGAAAAUCUCCCCAAUUUUUAAACAUAAAACUCAAAUUAAGAGAGGAGAUGAUUCGAUAAAAUAGGGUUCAAUUUAUAGAUUAGAUCUCAGAAUCAAGACACCUUCCUCCUUCUAAUCAAUUUUCUUUUUUUUUCAAAUUCGCCGAGCUCGCCAUGAAAUCGAUGCACCACCACAGAGCUCCACUAAUUUCUGCUUCUUCAUCAUCUUCCUCUUCUUCCCCAAGCCACUCUUUUAUCUCUAGGCUUCUUCUUCUCCUGACUUUACUUCCGGUUUCCCUUGCCUGUCUCGCCUUUAUCCUCCAAUGGCGAGGCGGUGGGCUUGCCGAUCCUGCCUCUGCUUCUGUUGGUUCCUCUACGUCGGUUCCUGGCGGCUCCGAUCUCAACCACGAGGUGUUUCCCGGCAUGGAGACUGUUUCAUCCGUCUCCCCAAAAGCUCACCAAUCCUCCUCCGACUGCUCAAAUCUAGCUCAAAGCUCUUCCCCUUCAUUCCCUUACUAUGGUGAUUGGAAAUUCGGUGUUGAUACUAGUUUAAAGCCCAAGAUAUGUAUCACGACUAGCACAUCAGCCGGAUUGGACCAGAUUCUACCGUGGAUGUUCUACCAUAAGGUCCUAGGCGUCUCUACAUUUUUCCUUUUCGUAGAAGGAAAAGCUGCUACGCCGAGCAUUUCAAAAGUGCUGGAGUCUAUACCUGGGGUUAAGGUAAUAUACAGGACAAAAGAGCUGGAGGAGAAGCAGGCAAAGAGCCGGAUUUGGAAUGAGACGUGGCUAUCUUCUUUCUUUUAUAAGCCCUGCAAUUAUGAGUUGUUUGUCAAACAAUCUCUCAACAUGGAAAUGGCGAUUGUCAUGGCAAGGGAUUCGGGAAUGGAUUGGAUACUUCAUCUUGAUACAGAUGAGUUAAUAUACCCAGCAGGUGCUCGCGAGUACUCGUUGAGACGGUUGCUUCUUGAUGUUCCUCCAAAUGUAGAUAUGGUUAUAUUUCCAAAUUAUGAAAGCAGCGUAGAACGAGAUGAUGUCAAAGAUCCUUUUACAGAGGUGUCAAUGUUCAAGAAGAAUUACGAUCAUCUUCCAAAAGAUACAUAUUUUGGAAUGUACAAAGAAGCAACACGAAACAAUCCAAAUUACUUCUUGACUUAUGGUAAUGGCAAAUCAGUUGCGCGGAUUCAAGAUCACCUCCGACCAAAUGGAGCACACCGAUGGCAUAAUUACAUGAAAACUCCCAAUGAGAUCAAACUGGAGGAGGCCGCUGUCUUACACUACACAUAUGCGAAAUUUUCAGACUUAACAUCUAGACGUGAUCGAUGUGGCUGCAAGCCUACAAAAGAAGACGUGAAAAGAUGCUUUAUGUUGGAUUUUGAUAGAUCUGCAUUUAUAAUUGCGUCAACCGCAACUGAAGAAGAAAUGUUAAGCUGGUACCGUGAACACGUUGUGUGGGGAGACAAAGAGGUGAAGAUGAAACUCCUUAGGAAGGGUAUUCUGACACGCAUUUAUUCGCCAAUGGUUGUUAUACAAGCAUUGAAAGAGUCUGGUGUUUUCAGCUCGGUUGUCUCAUCAGCUUCAACAAAUCUUUCAAAGAAAAAGUUCCUAGCAUCAAUGCACAAAAGCAACUCAUCCAGAUCUACAGCAUCUGGAUCCCUUCCAUCAAAGGAAAAGGAGUCUCAGGGCAUCUCUGCAAGGCAUCUUCUUGGGACUGAAUCAGCCAUCCCUCCUUUAUCGCCUCCUGGGAUGGAACACGCUAGACUUGUCACAGAUGAUUAACAGGUUUUAAGCAUCGAGCUGAUGCCUUCGCUUCCUCCUCCUUACUGAGUGAUAUUAAUACUCGAUGCUAAGCUAGUGCUGUGUAGCUUUAGGAGGGCAAGUGGGUGAUCAACUUUAAUACGGAGAGAGAGACAUUCGUUCUCUCAUCUCAUUGGUGUUACAGAUGAUCAGAAGAAAGCGGGUUUGUAUGAUUUUUUUUGUAAUAUUUUUCCAAAUUUGGAGUUGAUUAUGUGGAAAUAUGUAUACUUGUUUUGACUUGAUAUUUCAAAGUAUUAAUUUCAGUUUAUAUAUUUCAGUCUUAAUUUCAGUGUGAAAA